AUGGCUUCUUCUACCUUUGUGCUUUAUCAGUACACCCCCAGCCUGGUGGCUGCGGUGAUUUUCACAGCUUUAUUCUUCUUGACCACUGUUUUCCACCUUUACCAGCGCGUUAUUGCCCAUUCUAAAUACUUCAACCCUUUCAUUGUUGGAGGUAUCUUCCAGAUCAUCGGUUAUGCAGCUCGCAGUGUCUCUCAUUUCCACACAACGUCAACCACCCUCUAUGCCAUGCAAACCCUCUUCGUCCUACUGGCUCCAACCCUCUACGCGGCAUCCAUCUACAUGGUCCUCGGUAGAAUAAUUGUCUUCCUCAACGCCGAGCAUUUGAGCCUGGUCCCCGUUCGAUUUCUGACCAAGAUCUUCGUGAUGGGAGAUGUUCUCUCAUUCGUUCUCCAGGGUGCAGGUGGCGGUGUCAUGAGCAGCAGCGGAUCUGCAAACCUCCUUGUUGUUGGCCAGUGGAUCAUCGUGGCUGGUCUCUGCGUCCAGCUCCUAUUCUUCGGAGCUUUCAUCGUCACUUCCAUGCUCUUCCACAUCAGAAUCGGCCAAUCGCCCACCCAGGAAGCGGAGAACUCAAAAGUCCGUGGAUUUCCCCGCGAUUGGCGCGGCCUUCUGUUCGCUCUUUACAUCGCCAGUGCUUUGAUCUUGAUCCGGUCUGUGUACCGUGUUAUUGAAUUCGCGCAAGGAAACAGUGGCUACGUUAUCAGCCAUGAGGUCUUCCUGUAUGUUUUCGAUGCUACCAUGAUGUUCUUGGUCAUGAUUGUGAUGAACGCCUUCCACCCCUCUGUUGUUCUUCGUGGAAACCCUUCUAUCCACUCCAGGGAGCAGAAGAGCUCGCGUGCCGAGACUGAAUUGGGAGAGCUGCGCGUCUAA